GGGUGUUCUUCGAGACUUGGGAGGGGGGGAUUGUAUGGGGGGUAGUACUGCUAUCCUAGCGGCAGAUGCUAAAGAUAGCACCCUUGCCGACUUGCCAACACGAGGAAACAGUUGACAAAUUCAGUUACGAAGGUGACGCUACCAUUGAGACCACAAUAUGAGUUCAGGCUGGAGAGAAAUUCCAGGCACUCAGUCCGGACUUGCUGGACAAGACGAGAUCGAAGACGACGAAAUGGAGCGCGAGCUAGCUGAGGAUGCAGCAUGGAAGAAAAUUCAGCAAAACACAUUUACGAGAUGGGCUAACGAACAUCUGAAGACAGCCAACAAAACUAUCGGUAAUCUUGAUACCGACCUGUCUGACGGUCUGCGUCUAAUUGCUCUGGUGGAAGUUCUCUCUGGUAAAAAACUGCCAAGGCAUAACAAAAGGCCUAACUUCCGCUCGCAAAAACUAGAAAACGUCUCCGUGGCUCUUCUAUUUCUCCAGAAUGACGAAGGGAUUAAAAUAGUUAACAUAGACAGUUCAGAUAUUGUGGACUGUAAGUUAAAGCUGAUCCUAGGACUGAUAUGGACCCUAAUCUUGCACUACUCCAUUUCCAUGCCCAUGUGGGAGGGCGAAGAUGCAAACAUACUUCUGGGCGAGAAAGGUGGACCUACUCCCAAACAGAGACUUUUAGGUUGGAUUCAGAGCAAACUUCCAGAUCUUCCAGUUCAGAACUUUACAACUGAUUGGAAAGAUGGAAUUGCAGUGGGAGCAUUAGUGGAUGCCGUGGCACCAGGACUGUGUCCUGAUUGGUCUGACUGGAGUCCAAACAAUGCUUUGGGCAAUGCUAGUGAAGCUAUGAAUCUUGCUGAUGAUUGGUUAGGUGUACCACAGCUGAUCAAGCCAGAAGAGAUGGUGAAUCCCAACAUAGAUGAACUCUCGAUGAUGACCUAUCUUUCUCAGUACCCCAAUGCUAAACUCAAACCAGGGGCUCCUCUUCGACCUCGUACCAACCCCAACAGAAUUAGAUGUUAUGGCCCAGGCAUUGAACCCUCUGGUGUGGUUUGUGGUGCCCCCACUAACUUCACAGUGGAAACUUUCAGUGCUGGAAAAGGAGAUAUUGAAGUGUUUGUAGAAAAUCCUAGUGGAAUGUUAGAGCCUGUUGAAGUCAAGUAUAAUAAUGACCGUAGCAAAACUUACACUGUAACCUACACAGCUAGCAUGGAAGGAACUCACAGAGUGAAAGUUACCUUUGCUGGCAAAGAAGUGCCCAAAAGUCCCUUCCUUGUAACAGUUGAAGGUCAUGCUGGUGACCCGAAGAAAGUGACUGCCUCUGGACCUGGACUUGAACCUAAUGGUGUGAUGGUUGGUCGACCUACUUACUUUGAUGUGUUUACUAAAGAUGCGGGUAGAGGGCAGGUAGAGGUCAUCAUUCUAGAUCAGAGAGGUGACAGGACAACUGUUCCGUGGAGAGUAAGGAAGAUUGAUGAAGAUGUUUAUCGUUGUGAGUACGUCUGUCAGACAGUUGGUCUUCUAUCCGUCAACAUCUUCUUUGCUGGUCAGCUAAUUCCCAAUAGUCCCUUUGGAGUCAAAGUGUCACCAGUUUGUGAUGCAAGGAAAGUUCGUGUAUCGGGAAGAGGCAUCCAACCUCGAGGUAUUCGUGUACGUGAUAUUGCAGACUUUAAGGUGUUUACUGAAGGUGCAGGUCAAGGUGAUCUAGAUGUGAAGGUGAUUGGACCAGGUGGAAUCAACGAAUAUGUGGAUAUCAAUAAGCUAGAUGAUUCAACUUAUGAAUGUAUUUAUCGGCCAAUGAACGAGGGUCGUUAUGUGAUCACUGUAUCAUAUGGAGGCCAAGAAGUGCCUCAUAGUCCAUUUGAAUUAAAUGUUGGACCUUACAAAGAGUCCAAAAUUUGUGCAUAUGGACCAGGAUUGGAUGGAGGGGUUGUUGGAUACCCAGCUUGUUUUACUGUGGAUACAAAUGGAGAAACAGGAUCACUUGGGUUUUCUAUUGAAGGACCAUCUCAAGCUAAAAUUGAGUGUGAUGAUAAUGGAGAUGGGUCAGCAGAUGUCAAAUACUUCCCAUUGGCUCCUGGUGAUUAUGCAGUCCAUAUUUUAUGCAAUAAUGAAGACAUUCCUAAAUCUCCAUUUGUGGCUCAAAUCUUGCCGAAAACAGAUUAUUUUCCAGAAAAGGUUGAAGCUUUUGGAUCUGGAAUUGAUAAAUAUGGAGUAACAAAGAACAAGCCAGUAGAUUUUACAGUAGACAUCCGUAAGGCUGGUGGCCAUGCUCCUCUUGACAUCAAUAUCAUUGAUGAAGAAUACCGACCCGUGGAUCUGAAAGUUCAGGACAACAAAGAUGGCACGUACACAUGCAGCUACUGCCCAACCAAAAGCAACAAGCACACAAUACAAGUUAACUAUGGAGGUGUAGCCAUCCUUAAUAGUCCAUACCGAGUUUUAGUGUCUGAACCAACAGACUUGUCCAAAGUGCGUGUAUUUGGUCCAGGAGUGGAAAGUGGAGUCAAAGAGCAGACUCCUACACAUUUUAAUGUAGAUGCACAAGGUUGUGGUCAAGGAGAUGUUAAUGUAGUUAUGACUGAUGACCGAGGCAACAUUGUUCCUGUUCAGGUUCAGGACAAUAGGGAUGAAACAUAUGUAGUUGAUUACAUUCCCCCUACAUGUGGAGACUACAAGGUAGUGGUGCUAUUUGCUGGAAAGGAGGUGCCAGGUAGCCCACUCUAUGUACAUGUCAAACCAAAAGUAGAUGUUAGUAAAGUGAAGGUUGAUGGUCUAGAGCCAAGUGUUUUUGUUGAUUCACCAACGGAAUUUGUUGUGGAUGCUCGAGCUGCUUCCAAACGCAGUGAUGCCAAGGUUCACUGCACCAUUACCAACCCUUCUGGAGCUCGCACAAGUCCACUGGUGCAAAACUUUAAUGAUGGUACUUAUAAGAUCUCGUACACACCUUUAGAAGAAGGUUACCACACCAUAGAUAUAUCCUAUGAUGGAGUUCCAGUCCCAGGAAGCCCUUUCAAGGUCAAUGUAACCAAAGGAUGUGAUCAUAAAAAGUGUCGAGCAUUCGGACCUGGGUUGGAAAAAGGCUAUGUUGAUAAGGUCAAUGUGUUUACAGUAGACAUAAAGAGUGCUGGAACAGGAGGCCUGGGGUUAGCCAUUGAAGGGCCCUCGGAAGCCAAAAUGACCUGCCAAGAUAAUAGAGAUGGGUCCUGCACAGUUGAAUAUAUUCCUACAGAACCUGGUGACUAUGAUAUCCUGAUAAACUUUGCAAACCAGUCAAUUCCAGGAAGUCCCUUCAAGGUGCCUGUUACCUUUGACCUUGAUGCUUCUAAGGUCCAAGCUUAUGGCCCUGGUGUUGAGUCAGAAAACUGCCGAGUUGAUCUACCACUUCAGUUUACUGUAGAUGCUAAGAAAGUUCCCCAAGCUCCUCUUGCAGUGGAAGUUCAAUCUGAGUACGGUGCUAUGCCAAAGAAGCCAGAGAUUAAAGACAGAGGAGAUAGUUUGUAUGAUGUGACCUAUUUUGCUCCUCCAGAAAAUAGUUUGUGUAACCUCAAAGUCACAUAUGGAGGUCAAGACAUUGAAGGAAGUCCAUUCCAAAUGCUCGUUAAACCAACCUAUGAACCUGAAAAAGUCCAGGUUUAUGGUGCUGGAGUUGACAAGAAAGGUGUACCUGCUAGUUUACCAACAGAAUUUACUAUUGACACAAAAAAAGCAGGGUUUGCUGAGCCAGAAGUUUACGUUAAGGGACCAGAUGGUAAAAAAAGGAAAACUAAGCUAACAAACAACAAUGAUGGGACAUACAGUGUCAGCUAUGUGCCUGAUGAUUUGGGUGAAUAUCAAGUUUCAGUUUUCUAUGGUGGUCAAGAGGUUCCUAAUUCUCCAUUCCUAGUCAAUAGUUACCCAGUUGGUCAAGCAGAGAAAUGUCGUAUCACAGAGGGUGUACAAGAAAAGAUAGCAAUUGGAGAAGAAUACUGCAUCACAGUGAAUGCAGAACAAGCAGGAAAGGGUGCUGUCAACUGUCAUAUCUCCAGUACAUCAGACUCUGUUUCUGAUGCAGAUAUUGAAGUGGAAGACAAUGGUGAUGGUACGUUCUCCAUUUACUACACCGUGAAAGAAGUUGGGGAGUACAUGAUCUGUAUCACUUUUGGUGGUCAGCCAGUUCCUGGUGGUGUUUACACGGCUGAU